CCGAGCAGCCAGCUGUCCUGAGCUUGAGCAAUCUAGCUGCCUUGUCGUCACUGCCUCUGGCCGCUGUCCAAUUCCUGAGCCAAGUAAUGACUAACGGAGCUUCCUCUGGGAGGGAGGAAACGGUUAAAAUCUUGCAGCUGCAAUCAUCUAGGCGUGGUUCUCUUGUCUGUUUUGGGCUGCGCAGAUCCUGGGCCAAGGAGCAGAGGAAGGACGGCUUAGGUGGCAGAGCCUUCUAAAUGGCUGAGUUGGAUCUGAUGGCUCCGGGGCCACUGCCCGGGAUCACUGCUCACUCUCUGGCCACUCUCAGCCCAGACUCUGGGUCAGCCAGUCCAGCAGAAGAAGAGGACAAGGGCUCCCUGGGGAGCCCCCAGGGGGAGAUUGAGGGACAGGACACCGGCACUGGGUUGCAGGGGGGCCCUGGUGGUGAAGGAGAGAAGGAGAUUCUCUGUGACUUCUGCCUCGGGGCCAGCAGAGUGAGGGCGGUGAAGUCCUGCCUGACCUGCAUGGUGAAUUACUGCGAGGAGCACCUGCGGCCGCACCAGGAGAACAGCAAACUUCACAGCCACCAGCUGACCGAGCCAGUGAAGGACCGGGACCUGCGCACCUGCCCUGCCCACCACAGCCCGCUGGUCGCCUUCUGUCACCCCGAUAGGCAGUGCAUCUGCCAGGAGUGUGGCCAGGGUGAGCACAAGGGCCACAUCUCAGUCUCCCUAGAUGCCGCCCGCAGGGACAAGGAGGCUGAGCUUCGGGUCACCCAGUUAGACUUGGAGCGGAAACUCAAGUUGAAUGAGAAUGCCAUCGCCAGACUCCAAGCCAACCAUAAAUCGGUUUUGGUGUCUGUGUCCGAGGUGAAGAUGGUGGCUGAGGAGCAGUUUGGGGAACUCCUUGCUGCCAUGAGGAAGGCCCAGGCCGAUGUGAUGCUGUUCUUGGAGGAGAAGGAGCAAGCUGCUCUGAGCCAGGCCAGUGGCAUCAAGACCCACCUGGAGCACAGGAGUGCGGAGAUGGAGAAGAGCAAACAGGAGCUGGGGAGGAUUGCUGGCAUCAGCAACACUGUCCUGUUCCUGGAGGAGUAUUGCAAGUUUAAAGACAUCGAGGACAGCUCCUUCCCUAGUGUUUACAUAGGACUCAAGGAUAAGCUCUCGGGCAUCCACAAGGUCAUCACGGACUCCACUGUGCACUUAAUCCAGUUGCUGCAGAACUACAAGGAAAAGCUUCAGGAGUUCGCCAAGGAAGGUGAAAAGCUAUCUGUGGGCUGUGAUUUGUGA